AUGGACACAUUAUACAACUAUUUAAGAGUGUUAAGAGAGGUUCUUCCUGAUAUCAUUUCAGAAAAUCAAAGUGGUUUUGUUAAAGGUCGUCGCAUUGCUCAUAAUAUUAUGCUCUGUCAAGACAUGGUUCGGGGCUAUGACAGAAGAAGUGCAAAAUUUGCUUGUUUGUUCAAAAUUGAUCUCCAAAAAGCUUAUGAUUCUCUAGACUGGGAUUUCCUUAAAGAAAUGCUUGAAGCUUUAAAUUUUCCUAAGAAAUUUGUUGAUCUUAUUAUGGAUUGUAUUACCACUCCUCAGUUUUCCUUUUCCAUUAAUGGUGCUCUUCAUGGAUAUAUUCAUGCUCGCAGAGGUUUACGUCAAGGUGAUCCUAUAUCACCGCUCUUUUUUGUGAUUGGCAUGGAAUGCUUGUCUAGAAUCUUGUCCAAGGUGUCUAAGGAGGCUGACUUUAAGUUUCACCCAAGAUGCAAAAGGCUCCAAGCGAACAUAAGUAAGUCAGCGGUUUAUGGGGCAGGUAUGGAUACUAAUUCUAUUGAUAGGCUGGUGGAAUUAUCUGGUUUUCCGAAAUGUAGCUUGCCUUUUAAGUAUCUUGGUAUGACAAUUUGUGCCAAAAGAUUAUCUAAAUCUGAUUGUGUUUGUUUGGUGGAGAAAAUGUUGGUAAUCUUACCAAAAUCAGUUUUGCACAGUAUUGUCCAAGUGUGUAGAGCUUUUCUCUGGAAAGGAGUUGACAGGAUUAGUGGCCUGGGCUAUGUUUCUUGGUCUGAUGUUUGUCGCCCUAAAACAGAGGGUGGUUUGGGUUUUAAAGACAUUGAGUCUUGGAAUUUAUGUGCUAUGGGCAAACAUGUUUGGGACAUUGCUUCUAAGAAGGACAAUUUAUGGGUGAAGUGGGUAAAUGCUAUCUAUAUCAAGCAAGAUGAUUGGUGGGAUCAUGAAGCUCCUAUUGAUGCUAGCUGGUACUGGAAGAGGAUAGUGCAAGUGAAAAAUAGAAUUAAAGCUGUGUUUUCUUUUAUUGAAUUUCAGAAGUUCAAUUAUACUAUAGCAGGGAUGGUUUCUAAAGUGCAUUUGAUUGCUGGUAGAUGGAAGUUUAAUAUGAUUUGGGAUAGAUUUUCUAUUCCCAAACAUAGAUUUAUCAUUUGGCUUGCUCUUCUUGAAAGAUUGCCAACAUUUGACAGGAUACAGAGAUUCAAAUCGCUUCAGAGUGUUAGUUGUGUGCUGUGUGGAAAGUUUGCUGAAUGCCAUGCUCAUUUGUUUUUCUCCUGUAGUGUGAGUGCUAAAAUUCUGGUUGAAACUCUUCAGUGGAGUGCUAUUUCUUAUCAUGGUCAUGACCUCAAGAACCUUUUGAAGUGGAUUGGGAAAAAUAAGCUCUCUCAAGGCAGAAGGAAGAUUGUUUACAGUAUUAUAUCAACUGUGGUUUAUUUCAUUUGGCACAGUAGAAACAGUAUGGUUUGGGACCAAAAGUUUAUCUCCAUUGAUGUUAUUGUUAGAAAUAUAAUUCAUUGUCUGAAAUUGAGACUUCAAAAUAUGAAUUUAAGUAAGCUCAAUAGAGUAGAUAUUAUUUGGGUGGACUCUCUGUUAAGAGUUUGUAAUUAA